AUGCUAAAUAAACUACUACUGCUAAUGCCUAAUCAUAACCAGAAGAACCAACUACCCCAGCUAAAUCAACGAGCGACAUCUUCACAUGAUACAAUUGAUAAUCAUCAUGUCUUUUCCCAAAAUGAAAACUCUGCUGCCAACUUUGCUAGUAUUAAACGAACCAAAUUUAUACACGUAUACAAUGGAGAAAGUCCUUCUUCAACCACAAUAAUAAGGAAGAAGCGUAAGGCUUUAGGAGAAGUCAAUACAAAUAUUGCCACUCGCUCAGCUACUGAUCCAUUCCCAAUCACAAAUAACAUCCAAGAGGAUCCUUGUGUUGAGAGACUAAUACGUUCAAUGGAUGAUUCAUUAGAGAUAGUGGAAGACAGUGAAGUAGAAUAUACUCUUUUGAUAGAUUCAUUACGAGUCGGCGGUGGUGGUGGUAUUUCGAGUGAAGAUGAUGAAUGUCAUACUAUUCAGACUAGUAUUCCCGGAUACUCAAGGGAUAAAGAUACACAACUUGAUUCAUCUCAAAAACUGACAAAAGAUGUACACACGCAAUCAUCGAUGUAUGAGAAUGACUAUGAAACUCAAAUGGAAAUAGGAAUAACGGAAGAGGACUUGAGAGCUGGUUCAUCACAAUUGAGUAAUGGGAAUUUUCAUGAACAAGAUCUAGGAUAUCAUCCAGAAGUUUCUUCCCAAUUCAAUUUUUAUACUUCGCAACCAGUAAUUAUUCAGCUGCAGGCAGUUGAAGAAGAAGAAGAAGAAGAAGAUGAGUACAGAGAAAUCAUUAUAAUCGACGACCAUUCUUAUGAAAUGCAAAUUGAUGAAGAAUCAAUCAAUCAUAGCCAAAAAGUGAAUUAUGACAGCGAAGGAUACAAUGACGCCUUCGAGAAGAAUAUCACCGAAGAUGAUUAUUCGGAAGAGUUUGAUAAGCGAAAUAUACUUGCUGGGUUGAGUGAUGAAAGUAUUUUGUCAUCCAUAUCUGAUGAUCCGAGGAUUGAUGAGAUUUUGGAAUGUUCGACCCAAUGUAGUGGAGAGAUGGAAACGAAGAUUCCCUUCAAUAUCGAAGAUUUAAAUACAAAAGAGCUCGUUUCUGAUGAUAAAAUGAAACUAAUCCAUGGUGAUAACAAGACUGACAUUGGCAAAUCUGAGUUUAUUGCUUCUUUUAUCAAGUCCGCUGGUAUUAAACAAGAAUUGAAUUUCCCAGUCAAACAAGAAGAUGUAUAUCGUGGCACUGCUGACCAUAAGCCUCAACUGAAAUCUAAAGCGAAGCUGGAGAGCUCACAACUAGAAUCAACAGAUUCAGCAUGUAAGAAAGAAACGAUAGAAUACCAGUCAGAAUCCAGUUGUGAGCCAGAUAGUAAUCAAUCCAAAGAAGGAAUCGAACAUAUCACACCACCUCCAAGUAAACCCGCUCGCAAAAGAGUCGCAUCAAAACCACUACUGGCUCUUGUUGGCAUGAGUCAACCAAAAUUCAGAGUUGGAUUAUCGAAAAGAGUCAAAAUUGAUUCAUUGCAUCAUUAUUUAAAGAAGAAUUCAAAGUAA